UAUAUUUUUAGGUACGUAUUAAACGUUCAACUUUGACAUUUCUUUGAUCUAGUUCGCCUUGUCAUUUUGGGGUUAUCAAUGCCCACGACAUUUUUGUAGCUUGUAAAGGUUAGGUUGACUGUAAACAAUGCAUUUUUGUUGCAGAAGGAGGUGAGGCCUCGUGGGAAGCCAUAACUGUUGAUUUAAAUGAUUACCACCGAAUGUCGGACAGAGUUUUUAAGUUACAUUUUAGAAUGCCAAGAGCUGUAUUUGAGGUAAGGUUUCCUGCAUCUUACUUAUGCAUAUUGAUCACUUAUUAGAGAAAUGCAUAUUUUCAACCAAUUUGUCUUUUUCAGUCUGUAUCAACAACUAUAAGGGAACACCUUAUUGAAAAAGGAAGACUCCGUAGAGAAAGAACACCAAUCUUUGACAAAAUGUUUAUGGUUAUCUGGUUGAUUGCGACUCCUGAUAGUUUCCGCAGUGUUGCCCUUAAAUUUGGUGUCAGACCGAGCACUCUGUAUUACUUCUAUACUUAUGUCAUUGAAGCGCUGAUGGAAUUGGCAGAGAAAUUUAUCACAUGGCCUUCUGAAGAAGAAAGAGAAGAGAUAAAGGGUACUUUUGAGAGAGCGACUGGUUUCCCUGGAAUUAUAGGCUGCAUUGAUUGCACCCAUGUGGAAAUUACUGCCCCACUACAGGAUGCUCAGCAGUAUGUGAACAGACAUCACAAAUACAGCAUCAAUGUUCAGGCUGUUGUUGAUCACAAACUGCAGGUGCGCCAGCUCCAUGUUGGAGAAGCAGGCAGCAUGAACGAUGCCAGGGUGUUUCGGAAGAGUCAACUAUACCAGGACUUAAUUGGCAACGAACAUGGCCUUGUUAUCAACCGUGAUGAGCAUUUAGUUGGUGAUGGAGCAUAUACACUAACUGACUUUAUGAUGAAACCAUUUGAAAACAAUGGCCAUCUUAAUGAAAGGCAACUCAAUUUUAAUAGGAAACUGUCACAGUGCAGAGUGCGUGUGGAAAACUCGUUUGCUCUCGCCAAGGGAAAGUGGAGACGACUCAAGUUCCUCCACGCAAGGAAUCCUCGAAAUGUGGUUGAACACAUCACAGCCUCAUUUGUUUUGCACAAUAUGGUCAUCUCUCACGGUGAAAUGAUGAUGGAUGAAAAUGAACUGGUCAGACCUAUUCAUCGUGACCAAGUCUUGGGCCAUGAGGACUUCAACAUUGAUGAUCAAAAAGAUGUAGAUGCCAAUCAGCAGGUGUUGAUGGAAGCAGCCGAAGCUAGGGGUGAAGAAAAGAGGCUUAUGAUUAUGAAUGAUAUUUUGCCUAAUUUAGAAGAAGAAUAGGUUGUCAUAUUUUUCAUGUAUUUAUAUUGUUCACUGUCUA